AGGAAAAACAACGUAAGCAGAGAGAACAGGAAGCAGAAACCCCCAAUCAACGCAACUGGGGAACCUCAUUUACUCUCCCGCUCGCUCCACCCACCGGAGAUCGCGCUCGGCCAUGGCCAGCUACCCGCCACCGACGGGGGCGUCUUCCGUGCCUAAGGGGUUUGAUUUCUCUCCCGAUUCUCCGCUGAGACUCGCCCUCUCAAGCGAUCAGGUCAAGUUCUGCUCCGAGGCUCUUACUCUCCUCAAGGAGAAGCUCCGGAUGCCGAAGCAAAUCGCCCAGGAGUUCGCUCACUUGCAGGCUAACAGGAUUAGACCUUAUGAAAUGGCAAAAAGCUGCACUGUGGCUCUUGACCGUGUUAAUUUGGACAAAAAUCGCUAUCAGGAUGUUGUUCCAUUUGACAGAAACCGGAUUGUUCUUAAUCCAUGCAAAGAUUAUAGACCAUCAGCAAAGGGUUAUAUUAAUGCAAGCUCCAUUAUGACUUCAUCCUCGGAGAAUAUUACUCCGUUCAUAGCCACUCAAGGUCCCCUACCACACACCUAUGAGGAUUUCUGGGAGAUGGUAAUCCAAUGUCGUUGCCCUGUAGUUGUGAUGCUUACUCGGUUGGUCGACAACUACAAGUUCUUAAAAUGUGGAGAUUAUUUUCAAGCAGAGGAUGGCCCUAGAGAAUUUGGUAACAUAUAUAUUACUACUAAAUGGAUUAGGACUACCAACACUUCCUUGGUUUUGCGUAACUUGGAGGUCAACUAUAAAGAGUCGGAGGAACGCCCUAGGUCUAUUUUGCAUAUACAGUAUCCUGAAUGGCCUGAUCAUGGAGUUCCAAAAGAUACAUUUGCUGUGCGUGAAAUCUUGAAAAGAAUUUAUACUGUACCUCCCCAGCUAGGCCCAAUAGUUGUGCACUGCAGUGCAGGGAUUGGUAGAACUGGAACAUACUGCACAAUUCACAAUACAAUCCAGAGAAUUCUUGUUGGUGACAUGUCCGCUCUAGAUAUUGCUAAUACUGUGGCCAUAUUUAGGUCUCAGCGAAUUGGAAUGGUUCAAACCUUGGAGCAAUAUCAAUUUUGUUAUACGGCUAUAAUUGCAGAACUGGAAGAUCUCAUCUCCGAUUCCAAUGGUGAAAGGAGCCAAAAAUGUGCCCCUUCAUGGAUCAUGGAUGAGAUCUAGGCAGCACCGACUCGGAUGCGGGAACACGGAAUGCAGGUGCGGGGACACGGGGAUUCGUAAAUUCUCAAAGAAUCCAAGAUGCGGGUGCGGGGGGACUCGGCAAAUAAAAAAUAUGUUCUUUAUAUAUUAAUCAAAGAAAAGGACAAGUCGUAUUUUAUUUUACCAAAUACUCUAAACAACCUCAUUCUCAAAUAUUAAAUAUUGUUCACAAUGUAUUAAAUUAUCAACAUACUAAUCUAUGAAUUUAAAGAAACAACUUCAUCAU